CGCGGAUAUCGUGACCUCCACAGCAGCUCAGCCGUCACAAAGCAGCCGGCACGCUCGAUUCUGAUUCAAAUUGAACCGAAUCGACACGCACUCCUGCUGACUCGCCCGCAUCCACCGACACUCACACUCUUGACCAACGACUCCACUAUCCAUCCACGCAUCUGCAUACACCGCACCCACAUUCUCGUCCACACCCGCCUUCGCCCUUGCCCUUGCUCGAAUAGCAAGAUCCCUGAACAGCUCGUCCAGUCACGCGCUCGCAUUCGUCUGCAUUCUCUCUCAUUGUGACUCUAUCUCUCCAUUCCACGCCGAGCAUACGCUCAAGCGCGCAGCUCAACCUCUACUCGACCUUCCACCUCUUCGUCCUGCCGCGCUCUCAUCAUGAACAUCGUCGAGUCCCUCUUUGGGCGCAGCAAGACCCCAGCCGAGCGCUUACGAGCCCACCAGCGCGCUCUUCAAAAAGCGCAACGGGAGCUAGAUCGUGAGCGGAGCAAGCUGGAAGUUCAAGAGAAGAAGCUGAUAGCGGAUAUCAAGAAAUCUGCAAAAGAGGGACAGAUGAAUGCGUGCAAGAUCCAAGCAAAGGAUCUGGUCAGGACUAGACGGAACGUGCAAAAGUUUUAUCAGAUGAGAACGCAGUUGCAGGCUGUCAGUCUGCGCAUACAGACGCUCAGAAGCACGACGCAGAUGGGAGAAGCUAUGAAGGGCGCUACGAAGGCAAUGGGAACGAUGAACCGAACGCUCAAUUUGCCCGCUGUCAGCAAGAUCAUGAGGGAUUUCGAACGGGAGAGCGAGGUGAUGGAUAUGAAGGAGGAGAUGAUGGGCGAAGCAGUGGAUGGAGCGAUGGAGGAUGACGAGGAACUGGGAGAGGAUGAAGAGAGCGAUAACAUCCUGAAAGAGGUCCUGGACGAGAUUGGCGUAGGAUUGGGCCAACAGCUCAAAGACGCUCCGACAGCAUCGCUGAAUGCGCCCACCACCGAACCUUCAGAACGCAUCGCUAUUGGCGAAUCAGCAAUCGGCGGGGGUAGCGGUGCAGGAGCAGGAAAGAGCGACGAGGACGCAUUACAAGCCAGGCUUGACUCUCUCAGGAAAGACUAG